AUGACUCUCACUGAUGAAUUCGUGCUGGAACGUGGUUUGCGUCAGGGGGACCCGUUAUCUCCUUACCUGUUUCUCUUUUGUAUUGAGGCUUUUUCUCGGUUACUUUGUGAUGCUCAGGCUGAUUGUAGUGUUCGUGGCAUUAGAGCCAGUCAGAAUGGGCCUAGAAUUAACCACUUUUUUUUCGCUGAUGAUGCCUUACUUUUUGUUAGAAAUAAGGAGGAGAUUGAUACGGUUCUGGAGAUCCUUAGACUUUUUGAAGAUGCUUCGGGGUGCCCCCGCUGUAAGGUUGAGAAUGAAACUGUGCUCCAUGCUUUGAGAGACUGCCCAAGAGCGUGGGAAGUCCUCGUUGGUUGGGGUUUUGACAAUAGGAUGAUGGUGAAACAGUUUAAUUCCUGCAUUGAUCGGCUUGAAGAUCCCAUGCGCACCUUGGAUAAAAAAGCUCUUGAAGAUCUCUUCGUUGUGCUGUGGAACAUAUGGAACUCUCGCAAUAAUUUUGUUUUUAGAGGUAAAGAAGAGGAGGCUCGCACUUUUUGGGAAAAAGCGCAGGAAGGUUUCUUUAAAAUCAAUGUCGAUGUUGCAGUGAAUAAUUUCGGGACGGGGUCGGGCAUUAUUAUUAGAGACUCGGAUGGUUUUGUCUUAAAGGGUAGAGGUAUUUUUAAAGAAAGAGCAGUUAACUCGGAAUGGGCUGAGUUGAAUGCACUAUUUGAAGGUAUUGGCCUUGCUCGAUGCCUUAAUCUCAACAAGGGUAAUUUGGAGAUGGACUGCGCAAGUAUUGUCCAUAGAGUUCGAAAGGCACGGGCUGAAAUUACAAUUUUUGGGCACCGGAUUAAGGAGACUCAGAGCAUGCUUGAUUCUUUUAAUGAGGUUGAUAUUAGAUGGAUCGACAAGUGCUGUAAUAGAGUAUUGGUCACUUAA